CUCUUCAGCUGAAUGCGUGCGACCAAUAUAUGGAGCUCUCCUGCUUCUCUUCACCUUCGUAUGCAACGUUCACUGCGUUCCUCCACCAACACCAAUGUUCCCAAGUCUAUGCCCGCAGGAAAAUAUACCAUCAGACCAGGUGCAAGUAUGGCCGAGCAACAUCAUCCUUUACACAAUGAGCAGCAAUCUGACAGUUAAUGCCCGGAGAGAAAUACUGAGAGUAAUGCCAGUAUGGGAAAGGCGCAUGUGUGACACCAUUUCAUUUAUACCACACCACGAACAAGCCGAGGAAACAGAGCACUUUGUGAGCUUUGUACCUGGAGAAAGGUGUUGCUCAAACCAUGGGAGAACAGAAUAUCCGACACAUCGGAGACAGAAAGUGUACAUAAAUGAAAACUGUACUUUAGACCGAACUCUCGUAACCGUUAUUGGGAAGCUGAUCGGAAACACUCAACGAAUGGCCGGAAUUUCAAAUGAAGGAGCAGAAAGCUGUAAAGGGAGUAAUGUCACAAAUUCAAGAAGUGGCGGUCCAGAAGGAAGCAAUAACAACAUUUCUGAUACAACCAGCAGUGGAGAUCAAGGUUCUUAA